AUGCCCGAUAUCGACCCCGCGGCCUUGAGCCGCCCAUCCGUCAGCGUUUCAACACCGGUUCUAUCAACAAAGACGCUGACGCUCACUGCGCCGGGCUCCCAGAAGGCUGUUAAGACGAGCCAGAUAAUUCCGGCUCGAAUUGACCUUGAGCCGCUCUAUGCUGCGCUGAAAGCCGCCAUUAGCUCGGAGCAAUGGCUUGUAUACAAAGAAUCUACGACGGAGUUUCUGACUGGCCGCCUCAACCAGACCGAGUACUCUGGUCGAAUUGAUCCGAUACUGUCAUCGCCAACGGGCGAGAAGAACCACCUACACAACCAGCUCAUUGCUGCCAUCUACGGCAAUGUCACCCGGGAGAUGCCCGAUGCUGGCCUUGCGCCAUGGGUUAGUGCUAACGACAAGCCCACGACAACGACAGGCAGCAAACCUGUGUCGGGUGACGCAGCAGAACGGAGACUAAAGGGAGAGGUGAUGCAACUACCCGCACGGGAUCGACGGCGCAUCAAGGAGCUCACACAAAACGAGUAUGAUCCUCAUGAGAGCUUGGCAAAUGUGUUUACCGAAUCACACCGGAAACCCUCCUUGGCUGCCGACGUGCCCCCUAGCGCAGCCGGCGGUAUCAACAACAUGAACUUUGACCUGGAGAUUCGAAAACGAUAUACACAACCUCUCGCCGUCGAAUCUGGAGAAUUUCCCGAUAUGGGUCUAAUAGCCGGCCGGAUGCUUCCCUUUUGUUAUGAAGCCGGGCUUAUCAACGGCCAUGCACCUGAUGCGUCUCAACUCAUGUCUGUUGCUACCGAGACAUUUAUUAAAGAAGUCUUGACGCAAAUCUUUAGUCGCACUCGGAGCAAUGGGCCUGGCGAUUCUGGCAGCGCGGGCUACGGAAUAGGUACCACAUGGAUCCAGACACACAAGUACAGUCGGCAGCUUCACCGAGAAGAAGACGCAGCACAGAGAGGCGAAAUCACCCGAGAUAAGGCAGGCCUGUUACCUGUCGAGUCUAAGGCUGCCAGUGAGAGAGGCCCACUGGGCAUAGCCGACGUACGAGUCGCCUUGGAAAUGGCAGAUUCGGGCAUCUCUCAGUUCCCCAUUGUUACAGCGCAGAUUCUCUACGGGUACCGAGAAGGCGAGCUCGAAAACUGGAAAGACUAUACUUGGGUCAACGGCGAACCACCCGCACCAGUAGUCGAGGAACUCGUGACCAAUGGCGACUUGGGAUUGACCAACGGCGCACUCCCCGAUACCAUGGAUCUUGAUAAUGAAGUAGGGUGGGAGGGGGCAGAAAAUCUCGACAUGGAUAUGUUGGAUAGCGUCUUGGACUCGUGCCUCGCCGUCGGAUGA